GCCCCAGAGCAACGGACGUGAAAUCGUGUAUAUUUGUGGGCUGUGUAUUAUCGUCGAGCGUCGGUAAAACUGAACGUAAAACGAAUGAACUGAACGAAACAGCCAAUUUGAAAAUCUAGUGAAUUGGAAACUCCAAAAUAACGAAAAUAAAUACAGAAUACUAUUAAAAACAAACGAUUAGCAACACAAUAAAUAUUUACAAAUCAUUCAAAGAUUUUCUAACAAAUUCCUUUAAAGAAUGGCUCAAUUGAAUAGCCUUAAUAACGAUAUAUUGGUAUUCUAAAGACAAAAACGAAUAGAUUGGAAGAACUUUGUUUGACAAUACCUAAUAAAAUUUAAAAAAAAUAUUGUGGAAGUUUUAUAAGAAAAGCAUUACAAACAAAAAACCAUAAGAUCUUAAUAUUUAUGUAAAAGGCUGUAUAAAUCAAAAUAAAACCAAAAUUAACUUUAAAGGCAAUGUUGAGCUGUUAAAUCAUCUGAACUGCACAACAUGGUGAAGAUCGAGGAAGGUCUGCCGUCCAGCGAGAUCAGCGCCCACAGUCACCACUUUCAGCACCACCACCACCCACUGCCGCCCACCACCCACCAUCAUCCGCUCCAAAAUCCCCAUCCCGUCGGCCUGAAUCUCACCAAUCUGAUCAAAAUGGCCAGGACGCCCCAUCUGAAAUCCAGUUUCUCCAUUAAUGCCAUUCUACCCGAGACUUUGGAGCAUCACGAUGACGACGAGGAGGAGGAAGUAGAGAAGAAACCCCCGGCGAAGUUUCCUCCCAAUCAUAAUAACAAUAAUCUGAAUGCCACCACCUGGGGUUCCGAGGAUCAGGAGGCGGAAAGUGAUCCCGAAUCGGAUCUGGAUGUGACCUCCAUGUCACCGGCACCAGCUGUGAAUCCCAACGAAAGCGAUCCGGAGGAAGUCGACGAGGAGUUCGUGGAGGAGGACAUAGAAUGUGAUGGUGAGACCACCGAUGGCGAUGCGGAGAACAAAUCCACUGAUGGCAAGCCCGUCAAGGAUAAAAAGGGUAAUGAGAAACCGCCCUAUAGCUACAAUGCCCUGAUCAUGAUGGCCAUUCGCCAAAGUCAGGAGAAGCGUCUAACCCUGAAUGGGAUCUAUGAGUACAUCAUGACCAAUCAUCCCUACUACAGGGACAACAAACAGGGCUGGCAGAACUCCAUAAGGCACAAUCUUAGCCUGAAUAAGUGCUUUGUGAAGGUGCCUCGACACUACGAUGAUCCUGGGAAGGGUAACUACUGGAUGUUGGAUCCCUCGGCGGAGGAUGUCUUCAUUGGAGGAUCGACGGGGAAGUUGAGGAGGAGGACGACGGCUGCCUCUCGCUCAAGGUUGGCGGCCUUCAAGCGAUCCCUGAUAGGACCCAUGUUCCCAGGACUGGCCGCCUAUCCCCAGUUUGGCCAAUUUCUCACCUAUCCACCGACGGCGCCAAGUUUGCUGGCCAGCAUGUACCAGCGCUACAAUCCCUUUGCCCCGAAAAGUGGACCCGGACAUCCGGGUAUACCGCCGCACCAGGGGGCGGGACUACCGGGCCUGCCUGGACCUCCGGGACCCCCCGGACCUCCGCCCCCCUUUGUGGCACCACCCACGAGCAGCGAACUCUACCAGCGAUUGCAGUAUCAACAGCUGUUGCAUCAACAUGCGGCAGCCGCCGCUCUAGCCGCUCAUCAGCGGCAACUUUCGGUGGCGGCGGCUUCGGCGUCACAACCGCCGCCCCACCACGCCCACCUGGUGGCCCAGCCGCCCCUCUCGCCGCCCAGUCACCUUCAGGGGGGCGGGGACUCCCCGGGACCCUCGCCACAGCCCCUCAUCAAACCCGUCACCGUGGUGUCCCGCAACAGCUGAAGAUUCUGGGAAGAUGGAGGGAGCACCUUCUCUAGCUUAUAAGUAUUCACUGUACAUAGAUAUAGCCGCGACUGAGGCGCUAGACGCUUGUAAAUAGAUGAAAAAGGGGGCGAAAAUAAGAAAAUCAAACCAGGAGCUAAAGAACAUAAACAUAUUCGGUUAACCGAAUUUAAAAGAAACCUUUGCAGAGUUGGCGAAAUAUUAACUGAUUGGUAAGCAAAAAGCUUUAGAUUUAUGAGCGAAUAUAAACUAAUGCCAAAUAUUACAAAACAGCCAUUUUUACUUCAAGAAAAUAAGAGGGUUCAAUUGAUGAAGAAAAAAUUUGUUUUUCAUGAUUCGAAAUACUGUAAGAUCUUAAUCAAAAUUACUUAAAAUUUUUAAGUUAAAAACGAUUGUUAGUUAUAUUAUUUUCAAUCAAAUCAAUGUCCGUCAUUAGCCAGAAAACCUAUUAAGACUUGAUCUAUAGAAUCUUGAAAAUGAAAUACAAAUAAACCAGAUUAAAAAACCUCUGCAAAGGCUUUUCCAGACGAGUGUUUCAGAAUUGGUAACUUGUUGUCACAUAUCUACGAUAUAUGAAUGUAAUAUGUUUAACGAUACUUAAGCGCUGCAGGCAAAGAACUAAGCACUAUUUAAUUUAUAUAUUAUUGUACAUUUAGACACCGAACUAAGCGAUGAAAACAGAAACCAAUUAAAAUUCUAUUGAAAUAAAAAUUGAAAA